AUGCACCUCGGCAUAGAUCAGGCCGUGGGGGUGAAGCUGAGGUCCUGCACCUUUGUUGCGUGUGAUGUGUACCUCGGUGUGAUCAGGUCGAGGGGUCUAGGUCAAGGGGGUCAUGUCACAGAGGGCCUCGUGGUAAGUAGGUCGAGGGGUCUAGGUCAAGGGGGUCAUGUCACAGAGGGCCUCGUGUUCUUACUAUCAGCGACUACUGAGAAAGAGUUGUUGGCUGUAGUGUUUGCAUUCAAGAAGUUUCGUCCUUAUCUGAAGAAGGAUGCGAAACCAAGGUUACUGCGAUGGAUCCUCCUUCAGGAAUUCGAUAUUGAGGUCGAUGAAGACGUUCCCAUUGACAAUUUUCUACCUGAAGAGAAUGUCUACUCUACUGAAACUGGGUUCCACAGUGGUUUUGACAAAUAUUUGCUGGUUUUUCGAGUUGGAAAUGGCUGGUGUCCAGCGACACUACCAUCAGUGCUGGUCGACACUAACCCCGAGACACUGGUGUCGAUCAACACCAUCACUAGUGUCGCACGACACUCACCACAGCCAAACCCAGAAUUGUCGAAGGUUCAGGAUAGUGUUUCUGAGAUGAGUUCAGCUAUUGUGGCUGCUUCCAAUCGACCAUGGUAUGCCAAUAUUGCAAACUAUCUUGCUGCAGAAGACGAGCCUGAGAACUUCAAGGGAGUUGCUAAGAAGAGGUUCUUAAGGGAACUGAAAGAUGUAUUACAGAAUCAGAGGUUUCUGAAGUGCUGUUUCACUGUCAUGGGUCAGAAAGAGAGGAAGAUCAGUAAGCGACACGAGAUGCCACAAAACUUCAUCCUCGAGGUUGAAUUUUUUGAUUGCUGGGGCAUUGAUUUCAUAGGUCAUUUUCCCUCAUCUUAUGGGAAUAAGUACAUCCUGGUUUAUGUAGACUAUGUGUCUAAGUGGGUGGAAGCAAUUGCUAGUCUAACUAAUGAUGCUUUGGUGGUUCUCAAGAUGUUUAAGACCAUUAUCUUCCCUCGAUUUGGAGUGCCUCAAAUUGUUCUAAGUGAUCGUGGUUCUCACUUUAUUAACAAGGUCUUUGAGAAGCUACUAAGGAAGCAAGGUGUGCAUCAUAGAGUAGCCACUCCUUAUCAUCCUCAGACAAGUAGACAAGUUAAGGUUUCCAACAGGCAAAUCAAGGAGAUUCUAGAGAAGAUUGUGGGCAAGACUCGGAAGGAUUGGGCUGCAAGGAAACCAUUUUAUCUUCCAGUGGAGAUUAAGCACAAGGCAGCUUGGAUGAACGAACUAGAUGAGAUCAGAUACCACACCUAUGAGAGCUCGAAGCUGUACAAGGAGAGAACCAAGGCAUAUCAUGAUCAGAAGAUCCUCUCCAGAUACCCUAAGCCAAACGACCAAGUACUUCUGUAUAACUCUCGUCCUUUUACCAUCAAGAAGGUCAGACCAUAUGGUGCUAUCGUCUUGUUCUGCUCAGACGGCAAGGAAUUCACAAUGAAUGGACAAAGGGUGAAACACUACUAA